UAGAUCGGUUAGUUUGCGUUUGGUAUUACAGUGUUUCGAACAAAGUUUGAUAGAUAUUUUUCAAUUCGAUCUUGAAACAUAAAUGUAGAAAGCUUGAUGACGUAUAAAAGCUCAAACGUUGAUAGCAUUGGUGUGAGUCAUUCAUAACUAUUGCGUUAUAAUUACCUCAUCGCUAAUGGUCAAUAUCGAAAAACUAAUAAACCGUGAAUAGGUAAAGGUUUCUACACAAUGUCAAUGGAAAUUAAUAACAAUUCGUAUAAAAACAUUAAGCACCAGUAUAAAUGUAGCGACAUUGUAUUAAUUGCGGCAUCAUCCGUUUUAGCUGUGGUCUUUUUCACUAUAGGAUUAUUUGCACAUAAAUAUGAAAUCACUCAAAUUAUUUUGGACGAUCGCCUCAAGAUGCGAGAAAUUAUGCCGCAUUAUAAAUGGUGGCUGAAUACAUCAGAUGUUCUGGUUACAUGUAAAAUCUACAUUUUCUCUGUAACAAAUGGACAACGCUGGUUAGAGAAUUUGGAUGAUACUUUGAAUUUUGAAGAAAUUGGCCCGAUCACAUAUCGAGAAACUCUCGAACAUCUAGAUGUGGUAUUCCAUCGACAUAAUUCAACUAUGUCGUAUAAUUCUAAGCGACAAUUAUUUUUCAUGCCUGAAAGAAACAUAAAUGGAAUCCUGAACAGAACAAUUACUGUGCCUAAUACUUCAGUACUUGCGAUGGCUGCUAAAUUACAGAACUCCAAUUCAAUUGUUAAAUGGGGUUUCAGGUUAAUAAUGUCCAGUUCAGGAGAUGAAGUUUUUAUUAAUACUACUGUUUACAAAUACCUUUGGAAUUUAACAAGUCCAAUAAUGAAGUCUGCUAAAAAAGUUGUACCAUUCAUGGUGCCACUUGACAACAUUGGCGUAUUGAGUGUGAUGUAUCAUGACUACAAUGACCGCGUUAAUAUCCGACAUGGAAAGCAAUUUGGAAACGAACAGUUUUUUAUGAUCAAUACAUAUCGGAACCGCCCAACCGUACCGGGAUUCGUACCAGAGAACGGUGAUUGCUUCGCUUCAAUUGUUAAUGCGUCAGAGGGAGCAUCUUAUCCACAAAAUUUAAACAAAAACUCGGUUCUAUUCUAUUGGAGACGCACGUUGUGCCGUGCGGUUCCACUACUGUUCGAAAAAGAAAUUCGACGAGGAUCGUUGGUCGGGUACAAGUUCGUGCUUCCCGACAACUCCUAUGAUCGAUUAGCUAACACUAGUGCUGACUGUUACAAAGGACAAAUAAGUAUAUUGGAGGAUGGUAUGACAGAUAUGUCGAAAUGUUUAUUAGAUUUCCCAGUGGUUGCCACUAGUCCUCAUUUCUAUGCUAGGAAUUUUUCUAAAGCUUAUAAAGUAUCAGGAAUGACACCAAACAGAGAGAAGCAUUACAGUUACAUCAUCGCAGAUCCGUCUUUCGGUAUUCCUAUUGAUCAAUGUGCACGGACCCAGAGUAACUUAGUACUACCAGAAUUGAGCGGUUUCCCCGAUGAUAUAUUAAGAUUUAGUAACAUGGUUCUACCAAUGCUCUGGAUAGAAUAUCGUAGCGUAGUAUUAAAUUGUGGAUCCCUUAAAAGGAAAUCUUUUCCACUGGGACUCCAUUUUAUGCACCAAAGUGAACUACCGGCUUACGUUAUUCAAUCACUACAGAUUUUCUACAUCAUCAAAGAUAUACAACCAUACCUGCCAUACUUCUUUUAUACCAUUUUCCUUGUGUUUGUAAUAUCGGCUAUCUACAAGGCGCACCAAUACGACUCACGAGAUCCAAACGUUAAAGCUGUUAAGUUGUUAUCAGAAGGUGUGGAUAGCAUUGAUGUUAAUAGUAAUAAUACUAAUGCAUCGGAACUCACAAAAAAUGUGGUUCAUAUACAUUAAUAUAUUAUACUAUGCUAUAGAAUAUAUAUUUUUGUAAUUUUAAGAAAUUCGAUCAUUAAAUAAUUCAUUUAGAGUAAAUCCGGGUGAGCACCCUUAUAAUAAUCGAUAUUUUUUCAAAACUAUUCACCGAAUCAGAAUUUAUCUUAUUGUUAUCAAAAGUUGAUCGAU